UUCACUACCAAGUCAACAUAGCUAUCAAACGCUGCAAAUGUGGUAUCUAAUAUCUAUAACUUUCAACGCAAAAUGGACAGAAUGAAAGUUGUUAAAUAGAGGUGAUGGCAAGCCACUAGUAUUGGUCAAGUAUGUUCAAACCUUGAUUAACUUUCUUAUCAUAUUGUACAUAAUUUAAUAGAGCAGGUGGACAAUAAUGGAAGAUGUUGCAAACUCCGGCAACUUACCUUUUAAAGUAACCGCCGUAGCUGCAGGGGAAGCACAUACUCUUCUUCUCGCAGGGGAUGGGCGUGUAUAUUCUUGGGGAAGAGGAACAUUAGGAAGACUUGGUUUAGGUUCAGAACAAGACCAACUUUUUCCAGCUCAAGUCAAGUUUGGAUCACAAGAAUCUAUCAGAAUAGUGGGAAUUGCUGCUGGUGCAUAUCAUAGUCUAGCUCUUGCAGAUGAUGGAUCUGUUUGGUGCUGGGGUUACAAUUUAUAUGGUCAACUUGGUAUAAUCAAUGAAGAGGAUGCCCACAACCCAAAAUAUACAGAUGGAUAUUAUUCUGUUGUUCCUUGCUUGUUGAACAAGUUUCUUGAGUUGCAUCCCCCAGAUUCUUCAACCUUAUUGUUAGAAGAAGUAGAAGGGAAAGCACAACUAAAGAUAAUUUCUAUCAAAGCAGGAGGAAUGAUGUCACUAUCAAUUGAUAAUCUUGGUGCCCUAUGGAUGUGGGGAAACUGUCCACAUCAAAGCAAAGAAGGAAUAUUCUCAAUAGUAAGCAAUUUCACUCCAACACCAGUUUGGGAUUUCCAUGGUCACACAGUAGUAAAAGUUGCAUGUGGAAAUGAACACAUUAUAGCACUAGUUAGUGUUGGAGAAUCAUACAAUGGUGAAAAUGAUGAUCUCAUUUGUUACUCUUGGGGUAACAACAAUCAUGGUCAAUUAGGCUUAGGGGACACAGAAGAUAGACCAAAUCCAGAAAUGGUAAAAACAUUUGAUCAAGAUUCUCAUUGGUCAAUUUAUGAAAUAGCAUGUGGUGCUUUUCACACUGCUUUGUUAACUCAUAGAAAAAGGCCUAAUGAUGAUACAUUAGAAAGUGUGUGUUGGACAUUUGGUCUUGGUGAAAAUGGACAACUUGGUCAUGGUACAACACAAAGUACAUCAAUUCCUGAACUUGUUCAAGAAUUGCCACAAUUUGUAAAUCUUGUUUCUGUUGACUGUGGUUUGUUUCAUACUUGUGUUGUUUCGUCGGACGGGGAUGUUUGGUCGUGGGGAAUGGAGAAGGGUCUUGGCUUGUAUCCGGAUGCGCGAGUUGUUGGUGAAUAUUCUAGUGAUGCUCUUUCUCCGCUUGUUGUAAGUAAUCCUUAUGAGGCUAAGUUUUUAGAACCGGUUCAAGUCGCAUGUGGCGCGGCUCAUACUAUUAUUGUUGCUCAAGAGGGAUAUAAAGUUUGGUCUUUGGGAAGAGGAAGAAGUGGUGUUCUUGGAAAUGGUAAUGUAGUAGAUUGUUACAUUCCCACUUUAGUGUUAUGGCCUCCACUGGUGGAAGAUUUUCAUUUCAAACAGGAGGAACCAUCGAGUUUUCGCGAGCUAGAUAAGGGAAAAGAAGAAGACUAACAGAAACAUAUGAGAAAUCAUCCUCAAUAGCAUGGCACAUACAAGUCAAUAAGAGAUAGGUCAAAGAGAUUUAUAAAGGAAUUCAUAAACCCUUUAUGUGUGGAAAUUAGUGUAUAUGAAAGUAAAGAGUACACCAUUCUUAAAUAUUCUAUAGCACAUACAAGUCAAUAAGCUGAUUGUGGCUUAAUUGUUUGUUGUAUCUAGCUUUUUAUCCAUAUCCAUGUGAAUAUUACUAGCCUUUAUUGAGUUAUCUUUGGUGAUUGUGUUCUGUAGAGAAAUUGAGUACAAAUAAUAGUACACAGUUUUUAUGUAAGAAAAUUCUGGUAUUCUA